AUGAAUAAUUAUUUCUCUUUUAUCACUGUAACAUCUUUAAGUGUUUUUCUUUAUGCAUGCUAUCUAUAUUGUUUGCAAAAUGACCAUUUAAAUAACUACAGUAAAUCUCUUAGAAUAUUCUUAGCACUAAUAAGUGCUCCACUUUUUGUUCUCUAUUAUUGGGCGUUCGUAAAAUGUUCUGCGUGCGAUCCAGGAUAUGUUGAUGACACAUGGGAAAUAAAUGCGGAAGAAAAUAAUAUACAAAUAGAAAGCCGGAAAAUAAGAAAUUACACACCCAAUAAAUAUACAAUAUGCGAUAAAUGUAAUUAUUUAGUUAGACCUGAGAGAUCCCAUCAUUGCAGGACAUGCCAGCGAUGCGUAUUAAAGAUGGAUCACCAUUGCCCAUGGAUAGGGACGUGCGUUGGAGAAAAAAACCUAAAAUUCUUUUUUCUUUUCUUAUUAUAUGGAUUAUUUAUAUCAUUAUAUGUUAAUUUAACCAUCAUGCCACAAUUUGUAAAAUCUAUUUAUGAAUCUGAUGAAUCUAAGGAAUCACACCAGAUGCAUCAUGCAGCGAUUUUUAUUAGUAUAUCCGCUACCACAACGCUAUCGUUAGCUCUAAUCUUUAUGGUUUUUCGAUACAUAUAUUUUAUAUCACAUAAUAUCACAACCAUUGAGUCUUCCUAUACUGAUAAGAAUCCUUAUGAUAUUGGCACUUAUAGCAACUGGAAAGAAGUGUUUGGGAAUUUUCAAUGGAAAUGGUUUUUCCCGUUUAAUCCGGACAAUUUUUACAUAACAAAUUAUUUGUACCCCCUAAACGACAUGUAUAUGAAUAUUAAUAAUAUUGAUAUCAACGACACACUUUUAUCUAAUCACAAUUUUAAUUUGAAAGAAGACGAAUGA